UAUGACCGGACAUAUGAUCUUUGCUUUUGUUUCCAUAGCUGCUUAUAUAAUACAUUUUUUGGUGGCAACUGAAGAAAUGUGUUCAAAAUUUUCGUAUGAAAAGGAAAUAAUUGCAAACAUGCUUAAAAUGGAAUUGAAAGCUGAAAAAAUGGAACAAGAAGUCAAUAAAAGAAACGAAGAUAUUGUAACAAUGCUUGACGCUCAGAGGAAGGAAAUGGAGAAAGUUGCAAAUGACUACAAAAAUCUUCGAGAUAUUCUCGUAGUUGUGAUGGAAAACAAAACGGCAGCAAUUAACUCUUUUCUUGAGGACAACGCGAUAAGCGUUUUAGAAGAAAAAAUAGCAGGAGUUGAUGAUGCGUUGAAAGUGAUGACCGAAAGGGUUGAUGGUUUAUGUAAAGAAGCUGCUGCAACAGAACUGACAAAGCCAAUAAUUGCAUUCUCAGCGUAUGUAAAGCCGACGAAAAAGUUACAUAUACGUAAAAACAAAAUCAUUGUCUUCAGUUCUAUAAUAACUAAUGUAGGAAACGGAUAUAACACUUCAUCUGGUAAAUUUGUUGCUCCUGUCGCCGGCUAUUAUCUAUUGUCUUGUAGUCUCUUAUCUUGGAAUGGCGAAGAGUUUUGGGCUAGUAUUGAAGUAAACAACUCUAAGAAAGCAAACCUUUACGAGAAGGCCACAGAUUCAAGGCAUGGAAUGGCGAGUCAAACAAUCAUUGUCGAGUUGAAAGCAAAUGACGUUGUUACCAUUAGUGCAAUAUAUGCAAUAAAUAUUUACGGGGACGGAUACUCUACUUUCAGCGGAGUUUUACUUCAUUAAAACUGUAUACUGUAUUGUGGCUUUUGAAGUGUUUAGAUGAACAUUUUAUGUUUUAUAAAUCUCACUGAAAUACAUCAUUUUUCUCGUAAUGUAUAUUUAUCUUUUUCAAGUUCUUAAUUACAUUAGAAAAUCGGAAACGAGUGUUUAUCCAAAUUUUUUAUUCUUUUAUUGUACCAUAUGUUUCCCUGUAAUCAAACAUUUUAUAAUAUUCAGAUUAAAUAUUAAUUUCUGUAGAACACGUUAACUUAUAAAUUAUUCAAGCGUUAUUACAUUGAAUCUAAAUGUUUAUCAUCUAUAUUAAAGGCUACUUAACAUACAAUAUACUUUACAGUAAAUACGUGUUAUGUUAUAUAAUAGUGACAUAUUUAUACCCAAAUGAAAUGUAUUCUCAUCUUUUACGAUAUAAUCUCAUGUCCAAUAAUCUAAUUAUUUCAUAUUUGUUGUAAAAUACAAUGUUUAUUUUCAUUUGCUAUCUUUUCUUUUUCAAUAGAUAGUAACAUAGCCUUUUAUUUCUAAUAACAAAUA